CUCACACACGCCGAGGUGACGUCGACUGUGUCGGGUUUGAUUGGGUGAUGACCCGCGGCUUCCCUGGUCCGCGGCUCGGUCCUCGCUGUAAAAUGUAAAAUGUUAGUAAGUUUUAGCACCGGAAAAAAAACAAGUACGUCUGUAAGCACGUCAAGUUUAUCAGGACAGUCCACUUUUUCACGUAAUCAAGCAGACGACAUUAACAGAAGAUUAUGACUACGUGGUGUUCCAAUUUUUACGCGUUAGGUUAGCUCCGACAUACCCCUUCCUUGUUUCUCCAUGCACCUGCAAGCACCGUGGGUGGCUCUGGCCUGGCAGAGAGGUACUAGGCACAGAGGCUCUGUUGCUUCUGGAGACCCCAUGGCUGCUGGAUCUCCUCCACCUCCUGCGAGGAGGCCCAGGUUCACACUGGUGGAGUUGAUAGUUUGGUCUCUGCUGAUCUUGCUGGUUUUUGGGCUGGAACCAGUGCUAAGUCAGAAGAUCUACACCAACACAUGGGCUGUCCACAUACCUGGGGGAUUGGAGGAAGCUGAAAAAAUUGCCAGUAAGCACGGCUUUAUCAACCAUGGACAUGUUUUUGGUGAUUAUUAUCACUUCAGGCAUCGUACAGUGGUGAAGCGGUCACUGUCUGAUCACAGGAGCACACAUGUCCGUCUUCUUAAACAUCCCAAGGUGACCUGGGCAGAGCAGCAGGUGGUCAAACAGAGGAAAAAAAGGGAUGUCUUCAUAGAACCUAUGGAUCCACAAUUCAAAGAACAGUGGUACUUGUACAACGCCAACCACCGUGACUUGAAUGCCAAAGCUGCUUGGCAGUUGGGUUACACGGGUAAAGGAGUGGUGGUGUCCAUUCUGGAUGAUGGAAUUGAGAAGAACCAUCCUGACUUAAUACAGAACUAUGACCCAGAUGCCAGCUAUGAUGUGAAUGAUGGAGACCCAGACCCUCAGCCUAGAUACACACAGCUUAAUGACAACAGGCAUGGAACACGAUGUGCAGGAGAAGUGGCAGCAGUAGCCAACAAUGGGAUUUGUGGAGUCGGUGUGGCUUACAAUGCCAAAAUUGGAGGUGUUCGCAUGCUGGAUGGUGAGGUGACGGAUAUUGUGGAGGCCCAGUCGCUCAGCCUGAACCCCCAACACAUCGACAUCUAUAGCGCUAGUUGGGGCCCAGAGGAUGAUGGCAAAACUGUGGAUGGACCUGCCAAACUAGCCAAAGAGGCCUUUAAGCGAGGAGUUAUUGAGGGUCGUGGAGGUUUAGGCUCCAUCUUUGUGUGGGCGUCUGGCAAUGGGGGGCGAGAGAAGGAUAGCUGUAACUGUGACGGCUACACCAACAGCAUCUACACCCUGUCCAUCAGCAGCUCCACCCAGAAUGGCUAUGUUCCCUGGUACAGCGAGGCUUGUUCAUCCACCCUCGCCACCACCUACAGCUCAGGCAACCUUAAUGAGAAACAGAUAGUCACGACCGACCUUAAAUCUAAAUGCACAGACUCCCACACAGGAACCUCUGCCUCCGCCCCUCUGGCUGCAGGGAUCAUCGCUCUGGCUCUUGAGGCCAAUAAAAACCUGACCUGGAGGGACAUGCAACAUCUGGUUGUGCGAACGUCUCACCCCGCCCACCUGCUCACCAAUGACUGGAAUACUAACGGGGUUAAACGCAAAGUCAGCCAUUCAUAUGGAUAUGGCCUACUUGAUGCCAGCGGAAUCGUAUCGCUGGCAAAAACAUGGACUAACGUGGGGCCGCAGCGGAAAUGUGUGAUCACCUUGGUCUGCGAGCCGAUGAACAUUGGCGGCCAUUUGUCAAUUAACAAGAGCGUGGAUGCCUGCUUUGGGAGCGACAGUCAUGUGACCUCACUGGAACACGUCCAAGCCCGGCUCACUCUGUCUUACAACCGGAGGGGGAACCUGGCUAUUCACCUCAUUAGUCCUGCCGGCACGCGUUCCACAUUGCUCCACCCCAGGCCUCAUGACUACUCAUCAGAGGGUUUUAAUGACUGGGCUUUUAUGACGACCCAUUCUUGGGAUGAGAACCCCACAGGGAUGUGGACGCUGGAGAUUGAGAAUGUGGCUGGUGCCAGUGACUAUGGCACUCUGACCCAGUUCAUCCUAGUGCUGUAUGGUACCGGCUCCACAACUUCCAGCUCCUCUGAUGAUUCUCAGCCUGGCAAUGGCAGCUGUAAGACUUUGGACCUGAGACAGAUAUGCCUUGAGUGCAAUGCUGGCUACUACCUCUUCAAUCAAGGCUGUGUGAAACAAUGUCCACCAGGCUUUGCUGUGGGCUCCCAGCCUCUCAACUACACAGUGGGCAACUAUAUUUCACCUGCCACCAUCCCAGCCUGCCUGCCGUGCCCGCUGCCCUGCAAGACGUGCAGCAGCCUCAGCCCAGAGGCCUGCUUGUCCUGCCCUCCUCACAAGUCCCUCAAUCCUAUCUCCGGGACUUGCGAUCACGUCACCCAGUACAGUCGCGAGUCCCCUGGCAGCUUCAUGGUAGGCCAAGGGGACACAGGGUCGCAACCCCAGUUCGGCUCCAAUCUGCCCAUGACUGUCGCCGUUCUCAGCUGCCUGGCCAUCAUGGCCACCUUUGCUGGCAUCUUCCUCCUGCUGCAGCUGCGCUCGGGCGCCCUCAUCAAGCUUCCAUCUCUGGAAGCCGGCAGCGGCCUCGGGGGUGCUUUCAGCCUCGGAGGGAGCAGGGUAGUGUCGUACCGUGGCAUCCCGACCGUGUGGGGGGAUGAUGGGGCGAACACAGACUCGGACAACGAAGAGUUUGACAUCCAAAACGAGAGGACUGCCUUUAUCAAAACACAAAGUGCUCUUUAAUGCCUCUCUCUUGUCCCGCACCUUUACUGCUUUUUAGAAUCCUCUCCACCGAUUGUUUGAUAAUUCAGGGCUGUGGUGUCUUUGCUGUCCUGCUCUUUUCUGGUUUUAUCUCUAAACCCGUCUCUUUAGCCCUCAGUUUAUUGGCUUCUCAUCCAAUUUUUCCUCCAAUCCCACUCUAGGAGUCCUCACAGGAAAGUCGCUGCCCCCCUUGGAACGCAGGGUGGCCGCAGCGUUCACACUUGGGUGCAUUUCUAUUAAACCAUGUGUCGUCCUCUUCCCCUCCAUCUUUGGCAAUGUUUCUGUUCCAUCUUCAUGUCCUGCUCCUUUUUUUUCCCCCAUUGUUUUGCUUCCUUUUUGCUUUUCCCAUCAGUCUGUGUGCAGUAGCCAGACGAGAUUGUUGACGUGCCAGUCUCCGUGUCGAGUUGAGUGUGUGUGUUAAAUCUGUCCAGCAGCAGUCCUUAACAGAGGAUAUUUUGACAGUUUUGAAGCAGAAGUAUCAACAUCCAACAAGCUCCUUUUGUUACCUGUCAUCCCGUGUGUCAUCUGUAUUGUGUCGGUGUCUUUAAUAGCUCUUCACAGAUGUCUCUCCACUGCAGUGGGAGACAUACAAAUGGUUUCCCCACAGCUGUAAGAAUCAUUUUGGGAAGAUAUAAAAGCCUCAAUGUUUCUAACCCCGCAGCUAUCACAUGUAAAAAGUCUAAUAGUAAAAAUGUACCCGAUCAACUCUGCGACACCAGAGCAGCUAUUUCUUGUGAUUGAUCUGCUGAGAAAGCAGACGCAUUACCGAUACAUCAACACUGUCCCUCGGCCAGGACGCAUUAGCGCUGCAAGCACACAUUACACAAGCCUCAAAUUAGCAAUGACAUUUCAUUAAUGUGCAUAUCCGUGUGAGAUUUAUUGCUAAAGAUAUAUUCAUAUCUCCGCUAAGGUGACAUUUUCUUCUCCAUCUCACAUUCCCGCUCUCCUUUCAAGCGUGAGUUAAAACUCCACACCUCAUCAACAUAGCUGCACCAUCUCCAUCAAAUGUAAAUUGAAGUGGAUCUCUUCAGCAGUCCUCCAACUGGAUGUAGCUGAUGCUGCAGCAACUCAGAGAUGUAGUCUUACCUGCCUGGAAGGUUGUUUUUUAACUCUGCUUAUCUUGUGCUGCAUUUCAAAUGUGAAUCCCACGAUUGAAUCCAUUGUAGCAAUUCUUAACCCAUUGAUCUCUUUGCUUGCUUCACAAAAUGUCCCCCCCACCCCCGCUCACAUUUUCCAUUCGAUGUUCAAAGCUCGUCAUCAUGGUGAUGACAUGCAUACAAAACCCACAGCUGCUCACCCAUCUAUCUACCUCUCAUAACAAUCAGCAUGCUUUCACGCGUUAACACAUUCACAAACUGGAACCAUUAAGCUGGAUUGGCAUUGCCACUUAAAAAGCGGUAAUCAUUUGCAAUUCCACAAAAAUGUGUCGAAUCAAGUCAAGCUGUCAUUUCUCCCUCAUUUUAUCACCAUUUAUAAAUCGAACUGGUCGAAGAAUUGAAUUUUGGGUCGUGCAAGCCUUCACUGAAGUGUACGAAUCAAGGUUGCCUGCCAGAUGUUGGCUCUGUUUUUGCCUCCUUCCUACCUUGAUGGUUGCUCUUGUGCUUAAGACUUUACUUUCUGACGCUGACAAUCAAUUCCUUGUUUAGAGAGCAAGAAGGUGCGCAGGCACACAAGAGGAAUCCAUUUAAACCUAACCACUUGUGUCAAGAAACCUACACAACAAAGUCUCUUUGUGUUAUUGUGGAGGUGUCCUAAUGUGGCUGUGGAGGACUGAUUGUGAAUCUACAUUAGUGCCUACUGACAUCUAGGAUGCAACUUUAAGUAGGGUACUUAUUUGCCUCAGAUAAAACAAUCUGAUUGACUUCCUACUAUUGUGUGAAGCUUCUACAAGCAUAAUGCAGCACUAAAAUUGCUUCCAAUAACUUGUUAAAGAGAACUACAACCUGGGACCAUUUUGUUACCGUUACAGAUAAUUGACGCUUUAGUCUAGUGUGUGCAGCCGCACAGCAGAAUGUGCAACAUUUGGAGUGCCACAUCGGGUGUGUGCUUUCAAGCACACAAGCUUUAGAACCUCCUGAAGAGAGGCAGCGCUAAGUAGCGAGCGCUUCCAAUGCACAAGGAGCUGCCAACUCUCAAACGGAGAAGGUGAUGCAAGUGAAAAUAUUCUCUGUGUGCUUGGAAGGAUCCGAUAUUUUCCACCAACAAAACAAUAAUGCUGGAUUAUUUGGCUUUUUGUGCAUUACCUGUGCAUAUUGGGAAGACUUGCUGAUGGGCAUUAAGAAAGCGCUUCUGUAUUAGUGUUAUUAUUUUUUAAUCAAAUGGAGUCUGAAGUUGCAGGCUUGCCUUUGGGUCUCAUCUAGAGUGGCCGAUAUGAAGUUAAUAGGAGCAAUAUUUUUGGCAGAACCAAAGACAAUCAUUUUGUCUGUCUUGUCUUAAGAUGUUUUGCUUCCCGCCAUUAGGUGUGUGUGCGUGUGUGCGUGCAUGUUUGGUCAUCAUGUGUCACCAUGGCGACACCCUGUAUUGUUGAGCUGCUGUGACAGGAAGGAGCUAUAGAAUGUAUCCCAUCUCCUUUUAACUUAAGGGCUGAAUCGGAUCUGUACUUGUUCAGUAUACAUCAAAUGUGCUGGGGGGGCGGCCUCAGACCAUGCCCUGGCAUGUGGGGUCUGUGAAUGCACACAGUACCUUACACGUGUGUGACCAAUGAAUACUGGACCUUGACGUAGCUUACCUGGGACAAAACUCUAAAAAUAAGGCCUAUUUUUGUACUAUAUGAAUGGUGCAGUGUAAUUUUCUUGUAAUUUAAAGAUUGUUUGCUCUUGUUUUCUUCUUUUUAUUUAAUUGAUGUCAAUUAUAGAUUCUACUAAAAUAAAGAUCUAUGCAAAUUUGAA